AUGUCGGCUUCAGAUGCAGAUAGUUACAAACAGGGCCAGUCAUCUGUGGGCCAAGGUCUUGGAGAAAGCGAGAACAGUGGCGACCCAUUCAACGAAUCUCACGUCGUUGAAUAUCGACUAUACAAGCGGCGUUGGACUGGGUUGCUAGGAGUUUGUCUACUCAAUUUUGUCGCCGGUGCAGCAUGGUUCUGGUUUGCUUCAAUUGCUAUUCCAGUGUCGGAGGAUUUUGGCAUAUCACUCGGUCAAGUCAACUGGCUCGCCAAUUGCGUCAAUGUAGCAUUUUUACCCGUGUCGCUCGUUAUUCCUAGCUGCUUUAUCGGAACGAUUGUGACUUUGGUUGGAGCAUGGGUCCGCUACGCAGGAACCGCGCCGUCCCUUUCCCCCAACGGGAAAUUUGGAUUGUUGCUCUUUGGCCAAAUUUUGCUCGGAAUUGGCCAGCCCUGGUUCCUCAUAAUAGGCCCGAAAUAUAGCGAAGUCUGGUUCGAUCUGAAGGGACGAACAACGGCCACAAUGCUUGUGUCCAUCUCUAAUCCAAUCGGUACCUCAUUUGGCCAGAUAGUCGCCCCGUACUGUCCAUCAGUACGAGUUUCCAUACUUAUAUUGGCAAUAAUGACCACCGGCCUGGCUCCGUCCGUGCUGCUCAUAUAUUCGGCUCCCCCUACCCCACCCACGUUUUCAGGAUCUCAUCCUUCUCCCCCUCCUAUCCAAACGCUACGUGCCUUUUUGGGGCGCUCUCGAUCAGGAGAAAUCACUAUGACCCCACGAGAAAGGCUGGAUUCGGUAAUACUCCUACUGACAUUUGGCCUUAUGGUAGCUGCGCUUAAUACUCUCGGAAUUAUAUUAGCUCAAGCUAUCGCCCCGUACGGAUAUACACCCGAGGACGCUGGCAUCAUUGGUGGAGUGUAUGUCCUGGCGGGAAUUGUUGGUGCUGUGGUUAUCAUGCCUAUAUUCGAUCGAUAUUUGACCCACCACCUGGCACUUGCGUCCAAGGUAAUCACCACCAUGCUCGCGGCUUGCUUCAUUUCGCUCAUCUGGGCCGUUCGCGAAGAUAAUGCUCCUGCCAUAUACGUCAUUGUAGUGGUCCUGGGUAUCAGUUGCUUCACGCUGCUACCCAUCACUCUUGAGAUCGCUUGUGAAAUUACACGCAGCCCUGAGGCAUCGUCUGCGAUUCUGUGGCUCUUGGCGUACCUACUCACCACGAUAUUCAUUCCUAUUGUAGACCACAUGCGGGACGAUUCUCCAACGGCCAAUCCGCCAUCCAAUAUGCGACGUGGGCUUAUUUUCGAGGCAGGAAUCGCAGCCAGUUGCGUCGUGAUCAUUUUAGGGCUAAGAGGAAAACAAUCACGCCGAGAAUUGGAUGUGCAAAAGCAGCAAGAGGCAGCACGACGUGGUGUCAUAAUUUGA